CGCACGCGGCAGCCGCCGCGCAGCAUUCUGCGUGGUUACUGACAGGCACCAGCUGCCAGCGCUGCUCCGCCGGCCGGGCUCGCAGACCCUGGGGCAGGCUCCUGGCUAAUCCGGGGCUGGCCCGGCCCCAGCUCCCCGGCUGCUAGGAAGCAAUGACCGCUCCUGAUCGCCCACGUUGAAGGCAGCCCGGCUGCGCUUGGGAGCCCGAGAGGCCAGGAUCCUCAGCAGACACCCGGAGAGGAAUAUGAACUGAACAGGAAACAUGUAUGGAAAUUAUUCCCACUUCAUGAAGUUUCCCGCAGGCUUUGGCGGCUCUCCCGGCCACUCCAGCUCCACGUCCAUGAGCCCGUCGGCAGCCCUGUCCACGGGGAAGCCUACGGACAGCCGCCCCGGCUACACGGACAGCCCAGUGAGCGCCCCGCGGACUCUGAGUGCGGUGGGGACACCCCUCAGUACCCUGGGCUCCACGUACCGAGUCAUCACUCCUGCCGUGGGCCCACCCUCGGGAGCGCUGGCGGCCCCCCCAGGAAUCAACUUGGUCGCCCCGCCCAGCUCUCAGCUAAAUGUGGUCAACAGCGUCAGCAUUUCAGAGGACAUCAAGCCCUUACCAGGGCUUCCUGGGAUUGGAAACAUGAACUACCCAUCCGCCAGUCCUGGAUCGCUGGUUAAGCACAUCUGUGCCAUCUGUGGGGACCGAUCCUCAGGCAAGCACUACGGCGUGUACAGCUGUGAAGGCUGCAAGGGCUUCUUCAAGAGGACCAUCCGGAAGGACCUUGUGUACACGUGCCGGGACAACAAGGACUGCCGCAUCGACAAGCGCCAGCGCAACCGCUGCCAGCACUGCCGCUACCAGAAGUGCCUGGUGGUGGGCAUGAAGCGCGAAGCUGUGCAAGAAGAAAGGCAGAGGAGCCGGGAGCGCGCCGAGAGUGAGGUGGAAUGUGCCAUCAGUGGCCACGAAGACAUGCCUGUGGAGAGGAUUCUGGAAGCGGAACUUGCUGUUGAACCGAAGACGGAAUCCUACGGUGACAUGAACAUGGACAACUCGACAAACGACCCUGUCACCAACAUAUGCCACGCAGCUGAUAAGCAGCUUUUCACUCUUGUUGAAUGGGCCAAGCGCAUCCCCCACUUCUCUGACCUCACCCUGGAGGACCAGGUCAUUCUGCUCCGGGCAGGGUGGAACGAACUGCUGAUUGCCUCCUUCUCCCACCGCUCGGUUUCCGUGCAGGACGGCAUCCUCCUGGCCACGGGUUUGCACGUCCACCGGAGCAGUGCCCACAGUGCUGGGGUCGGCUCCAUCUUUGACAGAGUCCUGACUGAGCUGGUCUCCAAAAUGAAAGACAUGCAGAUGGACAAGUCGGAGCUGGGCUGCCUGCGGGCCAUCGUGCUGUUUAACCCAGAUGCCAAGGGUCUAUCCAACCCCGCUGAGGUGGAGACGCUGCGAGAGAAGGUCUACGCCACCCUGGAGGCCUACACCAAGCAGAAGUAUCCGGAGCAGCCAGGUUCGCCAAGCUGCUGCUGCGCCUCCCGGCCCUGCGCUCCAUCGGCCUCAAGUGCCUGGAGCACCUGUUCUUCUUCAAGCUCAUCGGGGACACGCCCAUCGACACCUUCCUCAUGGAGAUGCUGGAGACCCCGCUGCAGAUCACCUGAGCCCGCAGCCGGCCUCCGCCAGGAGGAGCCCUGGGCCGGUGCGGGUGGACCCCCGCCCCGCACACGUUCCUCCACCCCCCACCCCGACCCCUUCCUGUUCCCCAAAUGUCAUGCUUACAAUAAAGAAACCUUUCUACACAUGAGAAUUUUAUAGGUGGAGUUUUGUAUAGACAUUUAAGGUAACCUUUCUUUGCUAUUUAAGGGGCCAGGGAUCUUUCUGGGAGUUCUUGGGAAAACUAACCAAGCCUCUGUACAUAUAAUUGGUUUAAAUUAUUUUUUCACUUGCCAUGGAAAGCAAAGGAAUGAAUA